UACUUCAUGUUCGUCAUGGGAGAGUUGCUGCUUCAUAAAUAUCCAUAAAUGUUUCAUUAUUUACCAUUUUGUGAAUUUCAGUUCCCAUCACAGUUGUUUUGACUUUCUGGAUCACUGGCUGCAAAGUUGGGUGUACAUAAACCACAAGCUGUGCCACUUCAAAGGUCAGAUAUGGGAGAGGCAUGGCUGAUUGAGAGGGGGCAGCUGGAAGAGCUGGCGAUCCAACAGCCUGGAACAACAGCGCCUCAAGCUUUCACUGAAGGUAGAGGAUAUUGUCUGUGCAAUGAUAUAGGCUUGCCUAAGGAAACUCAUGUCAGACAGUUGGAGGAAGAAGUAACAACAGCUCACUCACAUCGAGAUGACAACUCGUUGGGCGACUAUGCCCCCGUCACUCUUGCCUGGCAGACGCAACAUCAACUCGUCUGUGCAGUUCAAUGGUUUGACAGGUGGCGGCUUUCCGGCAAACCUAGCAAAUUCAAGCUGAAAGGAGCUGGUCAAUGAGUGGCUACAUCUUGAUGACCUUGACACAUCUACUUGGCACCUUGACGACUCUAUAAAGGAAUGGUGGGUAAACGAAGAUGAGAGGGAUGAUGACCUGUGCAUAUUCCAGCGUAAGAAAGGAUUGCAAAAAUUGUUGUAUGAUGGCGCGUAACCAUAUGUCAUCAUCAUCAAUUAGUUAAUUUGUGCCUGGGGGCAUUCUCUUUAUCUUGCUGGAAUGCAUGAGAUGUUUUUGAAGCCUUCAUAGCUUGGUUAGGGCCAGUUCUUUUCCCCUCAUAAUUCUCCAGAAUAUGAUUCUGGGAUGCUCCCCACAGAAUUAUAUGUCCAGUCCUUUUCUGUAAUUCUAGCCUGUGAUUGUUCUAUGAGUUGUCUGUUGGAAUGUCUGUAACGCCCCCCUUAGAUUCA